CUGGAAUCUGUGGACGCUGACAUCUUCAUUUUAAAUACCGGUACUACAAUAUUGUAGAAGAAAUAUAAAUGAGCCAUUAGUCAUUUUAUUAGUAAGUAAAGGCUGUCGACAGUCCGAACAUGUGAGCUAUUAGUUAUUAAUAUGUUUUGAUAUGUAAUGCCCUGCCUUAUUAACACUAUAAAAGUUAGAAUGGCAAAUACUCGUUUUGAAGAUUAAUAAACUGCUUUCCAAGCUUUGCAAGAAUAGUCAUAAUAGUAAGAAGUCCAGCACUCAGUAGUAGUAUCUAGCAAGCAAGCAAGCAAGCAUGUCUGAGUCCGGUCACAGUCAGCCCGGUUUGUACGGACAGGGGAGAAGGAGGAGACGACGGCGAGACCGAGAUCCAGGACCGCCUGGACAAAACCUCUCCGGCCCCAGUCGGGAUCGAGACUACGUUCCCCGUGAGCGCAGGGAUGGGAGUGAGGAAGCUACAGGACCUCUUCUACAGAAGACCCCCAUUAUUCUUGCUAAACCUCCUGGAGAGCGAAUAAGUUCAAAACCAAGUGCUCCAGCGACUGGAGCCGCGUCUUUGGAAAAGCCGAUCAUGCUCAUUAAGACCAGAGAUGAAGGGGGGAAACCUGGGAACACUCCUGAUGUGCCUCCUUCAGCCUCAGGUGCAGGAACUGUCAAACUGGAGAGGGAAGGUCAGCGGCCAACUCAACCUGUGUAUCAGAUCCAGAACAGAGGCAUGGGCUCAGCUGCGUCCGGUGGAGCUGUGGAUCCUGUGAUUAGCCAGACUAAGCUCCUCCCCCCUGAGAAGAUGAAGCACAGCAUUAAGCUGGUGGAUGACCAAAUGAAUUGGUGUGACAGCGCUAUGGAGUAUCUGCGAGAUCAGACGGAUAUGUUAGUAGUUGGAGUUAUUGGGCUACAAGGCACUGGCAAGUCCACAAUCAUGUCUCUCCUGUCUGCAAACAGCCCUGAGGAGGACCAGAGGGCGUGUGUAUUCAGAGCUCAGACGCAGGAGAUCAAGGAGAGAGCUGGGAACCAGAGCAGUGGAAUCGAUUUCUACAUCACUCAGGAGAGGGUCAUCUUUCUGGACACGCAGCCAAUUUUGAGCCCUUCUAUUUUGGAUCAUCUGAUUAACAAUGACCGCAAGCUUCCGCCCGAAUACAACCUCCCACACACGUAUGUGGAGAUGCAGUCUCUGCAGAUCACUGCCUUCCUCUUUACCGUAUGUCAUGUUGUGAUUGUGAUUCAGGACUGGUUCACUGAUAUCAACUUAUAUAGGUUUCUGCAGACUGCUGAGAUGCUGAAACCCUCGACUCCAUCUGCCAGUCAUGACAGCACCGGCUCCUCAGGGGCAGAUGAUGGCUCUGAGUAUUACCCCCACAUAGUUUUCUUGCAGAACAAAGCGAGGAGGGAGGAGUUCUGUCCAAGAAACCUGAAGAAGAUGCAUAUGGCAGUUGACAAGCUUAUGGCCCAUUCCCACUUAAAAUAUAAAGGCACGUUAUCCAUGAUGGAUUGUAACAUAUUCCCUGGACUGAGUCGAGAUUACUUGGAGGCAGAAGUCAAUCUUUUCCUCUUACCUAUGAUGGAGAAUGAUGGGGAAGAUGCUUUGACAAGAGCAGGUUCAGGCCCCCCUCUUUUCUCUCUGCUGCCUGGUUACAGAGGUCAUCCCAGCUUUUCUUCACUGGUUUCUAAAUUCCGCAGUCAGAUCCUGGCUAUGUCCCGCAGUCAGCUCUCACACACAAUCCUUACUGAGAAAAACUGGUUUCACUAUGCAGCUAGAAUUUGGGAUGGAGUUAAGAAGUCAUCUGCACUCUCUGAGUAUAGCCGGCUGCUGUCAUAGUCAUGAUGGUGUCAAGAAACCU